AUGGCGAUCAGUCAGUCGGUCGUUGGCCGUGCCAACGCCGAAAAGGCUCACGGUCUGAUGGGUAUGCUGCAGAACCCCUACGUCUUCAUGACUUGUCUAUUCGCAUCCCUGGGAUGUAUCAUGUACGGUUACGAUCAGGGUGUCAUGGGUCCCGUCCUGGUCAUGGAGAACUUCAAGAACCACUUCCCCUACUUUGACGGCUCCACCAUUCAGGGUUGGCUCGUGGCCUCCCUCGAGCUCGGCGCCUGGGCCGGUGCUCUGAUCAACGGUGUUCUCGCGGACCGCAUCUCACGAAAGUACGCCAUGAUGGUGGCUGUCAUCAUCUUCACCGUCGGAACUGGUCUGCAGACCGGUGCCCAGACGCCGGCCUACUUCUUCGCCGGUCGUAUCAUCGGUGGUGUGGGGAUUGGUAUGUUCAGUAUGGUCAUCCCCCUCUACCAGGCCGAGAUUGCGCCUCCCGAGCUGCGUGGUUCGCUGGUCUCGCUCCAGCAACUAUCCAUCACCAUCGGUACCGCCAUCUCCUUCUGGCUCGACUACGGUAUGCAGUUCGUCGGUGGCAACAAGUGCAACCCCGAGGGCAUUGCCAACCCUUACCUCCCCGACAACUCCUACAACUCGGCACAGAACCACGGCCACACCUGUCUCGGCCAAAAGACCAUUGCCUGGCGUCUGCCCCUGGGUCUGCAGAUCAUCCCUGCCUGGAUCCUCUUCUUCGGCAUGUUCUUCUUCCCCUUCUCCCCCCGUUGGUUGAUGAUGAAGCACCGUGAGGAGGAGGCUCGCGCCGCACUCUCCAAGCUCCGCCGUCUCCCACCCCACGACCCUCUGCUCCAGGCCGAGUUCCUCGAGAUCAAGGCGGCCGUUCAAUUCGACGAGGAGACCGAAGCCGAGCUGGUUGGCGCCGGUGGUGCUCUCGCCCCCUGGAAGGCUCUCUUCGCCCCUAAUAUGUUCAAGCGUCUGGUGCUCGGCUGCGGUACCAUGAUUUGCCAACAGUUCACCGGUAUCAACGCCGUUCUGUACUAUGCUCCCCAGAUCUUCGGCAGUUUCGGUUUCUCUUCCACCAAGACCACUCUCUUGGCCACCGGUGUCACCGGUAUUCUGCAGAUCAUCUUCACUCUCCCCGCUGUCGGCUUCCUCGAUAAGUUUGGCCGUAAGACUUUCUUGAUCGUCGGUGCUACGGGCAUGUUCUUGUGUCACAUUGUUGUGGCUGCCGUCGAGGGUGUCUACAAGCCCCAGUGGGACAAGAAUGAGGGUCUGGCCCAGGCUCAGGGUUGGGUUGCGAUUGCUUUCAUUUGGCUGUUUGCCGUCAACUUUGCCUACUCUUGGGGUCCCGUCGCAUGGGUGUUGACCCAGGAAAUCUUCCCCAACAGCCAGCGUUCCCGCGGUGUCGCCAUCGUCGCCUCCACCAACUGGAUGUUCAACUUCAUCAUCGGUCUGACUACCAAGGACAUGCUCAAUUCCAUGAAGUACGGCACCUACAUCUUCUUCGCCAUCUUCAGUGCCCUGGGUGGUUUCUUCAUCUGGAAGUUCGCUCCCGAGACCAAGGACAAGACGCUCGAGGAGCUGGAUAUCUUCUUCGGUGGUGCCAAGGAAAGCAUUGCGGAAGCCGAUCGUAUCCGUAUGGAGCGCAUCUAUGCCGACCUGGGUCUGGCUGGUGUCGAGACCGUCGAGGAUUUCAAGGGCGAGAAGCACCCCGUCACUCAGGAGGUUGAGGCCACUCACCACGCUUAG